UAUAUUAUGAGUGUAGUGUUGACUUUUCUGAAGCCUCUUUCGACGACGAUCGCCUCUCCAUCUCCGCAUCUUCUUCUUCUUCUCCAUGAAAGCCGUAGCUCGACUCCUCCCUCACUCCCCUCCUCCUCUCCCUUCCCCGCCGCAUCGCUCCAACUACUACAGCCCCCAAAACCCUAACCCUAAGCUCGCACACCUCUCCUUCCCCUUCAAUCCCUCCUCCUACGCCGCCGCCGCCGCGGCCGCGGCGGUUCCCCGCGCACUCUCCUCCGCCGGCGCGGCGGAGCAGGAGAAGCCGAUCGUGGUGGUGGGAUCCGCCAACGCCGACAUCUACGUCGAGAUCGACCGCCUCCCCCGGCCCGGAGAGACCGUCGCCGCGAGCCGGGGGCGCACGCUCGCCGGGGGAAAGGGCGCCAACCAGGCCUGCUGCGGCGGCCGCCUCGCCCCCGGGAACCCCACCUACCUCGUCGGCCGCGUCGGCGACGACGCGCACGGCCGCCUCAUCGAGGACGCGCUCCGCGGCGGCGGCGUCCGCCUCGACCGCCUCGCGCGCGUCGGCGCCGCGCCCUCCGGCCACGCCGUCGUGAUGCUCCAGCCCGACGGCCAGAACUCCAUCAUCAUCGUCGGCGGCGCCAACAUGAGCGGGUGGCCCCGCGAGCCCCGCCGCGAGGACCUCGACCUCGUCCGCGGCGCCGGGAUCCUCCUGCUCCAGCGGGAGAUCCCCGAUUGGGUCAACGCCCAGGUCGCGCAGGAAGCAAAAGGCGCUGGAGUACCUGUUAUAAUGGAUGCUGGAGGCGUCGACACUCCUAUUCCAAAGGAACUCUUUGGUUUUGUGGACAUUUUUAGCCCGAAUGAAACAGAGCUGGCACGUUUGACCGGAAUGCCCACAGAGACAUUCGAGCAGAUCAGUCAGGCUGCGGUGAAAUGCCAUGAAAUGGGGCUCAAGCUAGUCCUAGUGAAACUCGGGUCGAAUGGAUCAGCUCUAUUUGUCGAAGGGGAGGAACCUAUCCGACAACCCGUUAUUCCUGCCGCCAAAGUAGUCGAUACCACCGGAGCCGGUGAUACAUUCACAGCCGCUUUUGCCGUGGCUCUUGUCGAGGGCAAGCCCAUGAAGGAAUGCUUAAGAUUUGCUGCUGCAGCAGCUUCUCUGUGUGUUCAAGUGAAGGGGGCCAUUCCAAGCAUGCCCGAUAGGAAAUCGGUCGUCGAGCUUCUCCAAUCUCCCGCGCUUGAGACUAUAUAAAAAUAAACAAUUAGGUGAUUCUUUUACUUCUUCCUUCCGAAAAUAAAUGUGUAAGUAGUUUCCUCUUUUGACGAUUUGAUGUUGGAGUUUGUCUGUAAUCUGUAUCAGUGUUCAACUUUCAGUCUCAAGGAAUGCUCCUUUGAGCAACAUUUUUACCGAAAUGGUCGUUGCGAUGCGAGUAUUUGCUCUUAUAAUGGUUGAAUGAAAAGUGCAUUUUGUUGUCUCA